AUGGCUAAACCCUCUACCGUCGACGCCAUCAAAGGCCUGAUGGCUGAGCUGAAGGACCUCGUGAAGGAUAUCGCAACUCUCGAUGCCGAGAUGACCACUGCGGGUCCUCAUAAACAAAUUAUGUUGUACAAGCAGAGGAUGGGAAAGACCUCCCGGAUGGAUAGUCUUGUUAAACAAAUCGAGUGCAAGAUCGAUGUAAUGGACGUCCACUGCAAGAAGACCAUGACUCGUCGGCUUCGCGAUAUUUUGAAGGUUAGGGGCUGUGGGAUUGAGGUGAGUAAUAGCACCAAAGUUCCCAAGCACGGAGAUGAAGAAUCACUGGGCUGGAAGGCCAUUUGA